CACACAUGACAUCUUCUGACACUUUACUCGUUGAUUGGGUCAGAAGACGUUUUCCCGCAAUUAAAUGACACGCAAAGGGGAAACCAAUUAUACUGAGGACUAAUUCACCGCCAUGAAAGCGCAGGAGCUUCCCAGAUAGAAGAGCAAAACUGCAGGCCAUUGAAAAUUGUCGAGCAGGUUACGUAGGUUAUGUUUUAAAUGGCGAAUAACCGCACCUCCUUUUCCAUUCACAACAUAUUAAACCGAGGACUUGACUGCGAGAAAAAUACCGGUCUUGAUGAGGAAUACUCAGAAGAGCAGGUUCAUGGAGAGGAGAGAGAGACCCGGGAUUGUUCAAGCUCCUCUCUGCCGGUGGAAAACGCUGGAGCUGAGAGCGCACAGAGGCGCAUCUCUUCCUGUGUGCUUGUUUUGGACUCCUCAUCCUCUGACCAGCAUUCAUGUGAGGAAGAAUCAACAGGAGGAGAGGACAAUUCACUGCAAAGACGACACGAUCACGACAAGGACCAACAGAAACCACAGAGCUGCAACUUUGAAGAAAACCCCAAAUCGAGCAAAAAAAGAUCACGGGCAGCGUUUUCCCACGCGCAGGUGUACGAGUUGGAGCGGCGCUUUAACCUGCAACGGUACCUGUCUGGCCCAGAGCGGGCUGACCUCGCAGGAGCACUCAAACUGACCGAGACACAGGUGAAGAUCUGGUUCCAGAAUAGGAGAUACAAAACUAAACGGCGACAAAUGGCAGCCGAGCACGCGACAACUCCCACGACAACCCUGGCAAAGAGAGUGGCAGUGAAAGUACUGGUGAGAAACGACGAGAGGCAAUACAACGCCGAGGAGCUGCCUAGUCCGUCCGUUCCUCCAUUAUACCAGUCAUUCCCGUACUAUCCCUACAUGUUCUGCUUCCAGCCAUGGAUCUCGGGAAACACUUUAAGUGGUGGCCUGUACUGAUUUACUGGAGUUGUUACAACAUCAUGUGGAAAGUGACUGCGGAGACACAAACAGUCAGAAUACAGCCAGAUAAACAAAACUGCUAUUCCUCCAUGGAUUAUCAAUGCUGAAACUAUAAAUAAACUAUAGAAUGACCAUAAAACCAGAAGAGGAAUAUGAUAUACUGAUGUUCACAAUCAGUCAUUUUUAAGUCAAAGCAAAGACAAUUCACUCAGAGGAGUUUCUCUCAUUUGUAGUCAUAUCUGUCUUUUUUAAUGAUGAACAGUAAUGCAUUUGAACAAGUAUGCACACUUAAAAUGAAUUUUAUUGCUUUAGAUCAAAUAUUAAACCAAACCUGGCAUCUGCAAAACAAAUUAUUAAUGCUUUUAGGUGUACAAUUUGAAACCUAACAAUCGUCCGUUUGUAAAAUGUUUUGCAUGACUGCUUUUAAAUUUUUCAGUUUAAUAUUUGUUACCUAAUGCAAAGGCAUUCAUACAUUUAAGUGUUGAUUAAAUGUUCAAAUGCUUUUUACUGUAGGUCCACUGUAAAUGCUUUGAUAUUGAGCGUGUUUAGUUAGCUUAAGUUUUUCUGUUAGCAUUUGUCAAUUAAAGCUCUUGUUUAUUUUCUUCACCAUGGAAAAUACACUCUAUAGUUCACUAAGUCUUAAAUUGUGUCAGCUGCUUUAAUUCAAUGCCUAAAUCCAGUAUCAAAGUCCAAAAUACAGGUCUA